UUAGCAACUUCUAUUUCUUCUUCUUGACUGAGAUGGAGCUAAAAGGUUUGGGGUUCGUCCCCCUUCUGUUGGCGUUUUGGUGUGCGGCCUGGCUUGCCACCAGCUACAUCGUGACGGUCGUCCUCGGCCAUGCAGCCUCGCCACUGAUGCACAUCAGUGACGUGGGAAAUUUCUUUCCCGAAAACAUAUUAUUGAGAAUUGGUUUCAUAGGGACAUCCAUUGGCACUUUGGUACUAACCUUUCUUAUUUAUAAGUAUAUGGUUAUGCAUACUGAAGAGUUCAGGGGUCAUCAGGUCCUGAUCCAGAGGAUCCUGCUCGCCAUUGUGUGGGCCUCCUGUUUUGGUACAGCUGUCAUGCAUGUAUUGUCCCCCGAAGAAUAUCCCAGGAUACACUUUGUCAGCAUGGUAAUUUCCAUUACAUGUGAAGCCUUAUACUACCUUGGGCAGUCCAUCCAGAUGUAUAAAUUACCAGGAGCAAAAAAAGUCAUCCACCAUAGUAGAUGCACCUGCUGUGGCCUGGCUUUUACCUGCGCAAUUUUCUACUUUGGAUAUAAAACAUUACAGGAAUUAUUCUAUGAUGAUGAAGACUGGGACGAGAUCCGUGAAAUCACCACCAUAAUCAUCGAGUGGGUGAUGCUUCUACUGAUCCUGAUAAACACCGUGACCUAUUAUUCCACCAUGCAGAGGUUAAUGUUAACCGUCUCCAGGAACAGCUGCAAACUCUCUCUUAGAGUAAGAAUUGAUGACUUCGGGGUGUAGACCACCACGUGGGCCAUCAAGUGGACUUCUGGGAGAGAUACUGCACAGGACACGGAAAAACCAUAAAAAAAAUAAUAUGAGCUGAGAUCCUCUGGAAGUACCUUCCAACUGCCCCUAUCCGACGUCAUAAGGAAUGUUGUUUUCAAGCUUUCAAGUCUACAUGAUCAAUGUAAUUUUUCCUGCUUUGGACCCUAUAUUUUUGUUUUUCAUGA